AUGUUAGAUUUUUUCGGUGAAAGGGCAUAUAGCAGCUCACCCGAUUCGAGUAGGAAUGGUCCUGGGCGCCCACCUUAUGUCAUUGAGGAAGAACAGAUACGUUUUUUAAGAGAAAUGCAUUUUUCCUGGAAAAAGAUAUCCGAUUUACUUGGUGUAAGCGAGAGUACCCUCAGAAGGAGGAGAUUAAUAUAUGGCGUGACUGACCAAGAAGAGUUAAGGUGGACUCAAAUAACUGAUUCCGACUUGGAGAACAUUGUGAAAGAAAUUCAAGAUCUAACCCCAAAUAUCGGACAAGCGUGAUUGGUGGGCGCUCUGAGAAGUAGAGGGCUAAAUAUUCCACGAAGGCGUGUGAGAAAUUGUCUUCAUACCCUCAAUCCUGUUGGAACAGUUUUUUUACGGUGGCGGUCUACAAUUUACAGAAGAAAAUACAAUGUUCCUACACCAAAUGCUCUCUGGCACAUAGACAGCAAUCACAAACUCAUACGAUGAAGGUUAAUAACUCAUGUGUGUGUAGAUGGAUAUUCCCGAAUUAUAAUUUAUGCCCACUGCUGCAAUAACAACAAAGCUGAUACAUUGCUGGAGCAAUCUAUUAGGUGUCAACAGUUAUGGAUUGCCUUCUAGGGUGAGAAGUGAUUACGGUAUGGAAAAUUUCAAAGAAGCAGAGUUUAUGCUAGAGCAGAGAGGUGUUGACAGAGGUAGCAUUAUAACUGGUAGCUCUGUGCACAACUGUUCUGUAGAAAGGUCACACAGAGAUAUUUACUCAGGAGUACUUUGCUUUUUCGCAAGGACAUUUUCUCGCUUGGAGGAUAAUGAGCUACUGGAUCCACUUAAUGAGUUGCAUUUAUUUGCUUUACAUUACACCUUCAUCCCCAGAAUCAAUAAGUGCUUACAGGAAUUUAAGAGCCAGUGGGAAAAUCAUCCACUAUCUUCAGAAGGAAAUCUUUCUCCUACUCAAUUAUAUACAGCUAGAAUGCUUGAAAAUGAACACUCUGGAUAUGCCACAGUU